AUGGCAGACCAAAAGAACCAUGCCCAAGGCCAAACAUCACCCCUCCGAACCCCCCACCGCUUCAUAACAGACCACAACCCCCAAGGCCUUGCCGUCUUCAACACCACUCUUGCCCCAGCCCUCCCCGCCCAGGCCAUGCAGAACGGCGACAAGUUCUACCUAGGCUACACAACCACCGCCUUCCCGCCCAGUUUCACCAACAACGCCGACAUAACCUCCUACGCCCGCGACCUGUCCGACCCCCCAGGUGUCGUACGUCCAGGCGGCACCGUCCUGCGCCUCGUGGAUAUCCGGCCGGGAGGCGAGUCGCCCAUGCACCGCACCGUCAGCCUGGACUACGGGGUCGUGCUCGAGGGGGAGGUCGAGGCCGUGCUGGACUCGGGGCAGACGAGGUUGCUGAGGAGGGGGGAUGUGGUCGUGCAGCGCGGGACGAACCAUCUCUGGCGCAAUGCGAGCGGCACGGAGUGGGCGAGGAUGUUGUAUGUUUUGCAGGAGGCGCAGCCGGUGGAGGUUGCGGGGAGAGCGCUGCGGGAGGAUUAUGGGGUGGGUAUGGAGGAUGUGAGGCCGAGUGGGAAUUGA